GAUUGCUUUUUUAUAUCCAUUAACGGAAGUAUAGCCGGCGUAGUGAGGCACGCGACGACUGCGCAUGACGAGCAGACGUCUCAUCGCUAACAAUAUGGCUCCCAUCAGCGAAGGUACGACAACCCACCAACAGAUGAAUGACAAAACAGAAGAUGAAGAGGGCCAGAAUAUAUGGUCAUCUAUAUUGAAGCAAGUCCAAGCAAGCUUACCAAACAAGUUGCCAUCUCAUAAGCUGUUGCUUGUCUUGGGAGACAAUGAAUCUGGAAAAACCACACUGAUUGCAAAAAUCCAAGGCAACGAUGACCCCAAGAAAGGUUCUGGAUUGGAAUAUCACUAUCUAUAUGUGAGAGAUGACUACAGAGAAGACCAAACACGUCUCGGAGUAUGGGUGUUGGACGGCGAUCCCUGGCACCGAAACCUGCUCAAGUUUGUCCUGACUGAGGAGAGCUUGGGGAACACGACGGUGCUCCUAACUGCCUCCAUGACAAGCCCCUGGGACCUACUCAGUUCACUACAGAACUGGGCCAAUCUGCUGGAAGAGCACCUGGGACGGCUGCGUCUGCCCCCCAGUACCCUGGACCAGGCCAGGGCCAGGGUUUUGCGACGGUUCCAAGACUACAUUGAGCCUGGUGACGAGAUUGAGGGAAUGAGUCCACCUCUUCGGAGACCAUCGACCACCCCAGGCGAAGAUGGGGGCAUCAGCCUCGAUGUGGCCCUUCCCCUGGGCGAAGACACCCUCACCAACAAUCUUGGCCUCGAUGUCGUGGUUGUCAUCACCAAGACUGACUACAUGACAGCCCUCGAAAAAAACUAUGACUUCAAGGAUGAGCACUUUGACUUCAUUCAGCAGGCAGUCCGCAAGUUCUGCCUCAAAUAUGGUGCUGCCCUGUUCUACACGUCUGUGAAAGAGGACAAGAACUGUGAUCUUUUAUACAAGUACCUCGUGCACCGCAUCUACGGAUUUUCCUUCAAAACGCCCGCACUUGUGGUGGAGAAAGAUGCUGUUUUCAUUCCGUCUGGCUGGGACAAUGACAAGAAAAUUGCCAUUCUCUACGAGAACAUCAACUCUGCCAGUCCAGACGACCCAUAUACGGACGUCAUCACCAAGCCCAUGAUUAGGAAACCCCUGCAGCGUGAGCCAGAGGUGACUGCUGAAGGGGACCAGGCGUUUUUGGGUCGCCAGCAGGCUUCACUGAACCAGCAGGCAGCACCCACAUCUGGCCGGACGUCGGAGUCCCCUAUUCGAGCACCAGCGGGAGUACAGAAAUCCUCGGAGAGGAGGCUUCCAGGAUCUCAUGGGGUGCAGGCUGCUGCAAAAAAGGUUGAUAGUGCCAAAGGAGUCGGCAGCGAGGGAGUACUACAGAACUUCUUCAACAGCCUACUCAACCGUAAGACUGGACCUGGCUCGGGAGGAAGCACACCCAUCAGAUCAGCAGAUAAAACCUUGUCAAGGAAUGAUGCUGCAGCCGAAUUAGAGCGCAUGACCCGCUCCAUUGCCAAGAGCAAGGCAUCUUCGCAGAAUCCGACAUCGUCCGGUAUUUCUGCAACAACUCCGACAGAUGAAUCGCCUGGUGGCAACAGUUCAUUCAGCUCGUGAAAAAGCUCGGUGGGCAAGUGGAAGCAUUGUGGAAGAACAGCAGCGGAAUUUUCUUGUUUGCUGAAGCUAACAUGCGUUGGGCAUUGAGAGUUGAAGAAGGCCUGCAAGAUACUGUCUCCUUCACUACAGAUUGUCUGGUGGCUACGAAGUGUCAACGGCAGCUUUUGGUGGCACCGGUUGAUGUGAGGAGAAGCAAAGGGGAAAAAGAGGUUGCUCAGGCUUUUUUUGUGUAUUUAUUUUUAGGCUUUAUUGACUUCCCUUGCAUGAAUUUAUUUAUCAGCAAAGCCUGAAUGAGCAAAGUAUGUUGAUACCUCCAAAUAGCUGCAUGCUUUCAAGAAACACAGUACUUUGUGGGUUUUCGUCUACUUGUUUUCAGUGUGAUGCCUGUACAAUGCAAAAAAAAAAAAAAGCCUUUCACAUUGUAUGAGGCACCUCUUUCUAAACAAGUCCCAUUAUCUGCUUCUCAACAAAAAUGGUGAUAGGCUUUUAGUUGGUAAUCUACAGUAGUUUCUGGACAACCUAAGUGAGAGUAUAUACUUACCGUAAAGUACCGCGGAAGCGCCCACUUCGUUCAAGCGCCCACUAUUUACAUUUCCCAAACUUGGGAAUUCUGCAAAUUAUAAGUUAAGCACCCGAUUUGACUGGACAAGUGCUCAUGCCUAGAUUAACCCAGUUUUCAGUGAAAGUGGGGCGGGUGCUGCCCUGGUAUUUUACGGUAGUUGUACAUGGGGCGCUAAUGGACCAACUACCGUAGUACUGUCAGAUAGGCUUUGUGUGACAGACUUGUAAAAUAAAACUUGUUCGGGGACUAGUUUUGUGCAAUAAAUUUGACUUUGGAUGUGGUUAUGACACUACUAAACAGCAUGGCAGUAUUAAACCUAAUUUUUGUACACAUUAUUUGUCAACCGGAAUUUGCUACUUGCCUACAGCUUACUAAAAGAUAUCUAACACAGAUGGAUACAUAUGUGACAGGUAUGCUUUGAUAUGUAAACAAUAAGGAUUUUGGAAUUUGAUUAUUUCGUUUUCUAUGCAGUGUUUCCACUAGCAGCAAAGCGUGAACAAGCAGUGUGGUUACAGGCAGGAAACUAGGCUCCCUUGCGGCACUGCUGCGUGUUGCACUUUGCAUCAUGUACAGUGCACCCCAAACUUAACGCCGCCACUGGGUUCCCAAACAUUGAGCUCGUGUCGGCUACUUACUGUUAAAUUUGUCGAAUCCCGGAGAAAAGCUCACUGCAAAACCGGCGGAUGCGGAGAAAAGCUCACCGGCCAUUGAGAGUAUGCGGAGAAAAGCUUACCGAUUUUUUUCUUCUUUUUACAUGGAGGCUGUUGGAUCAUGCGUAACAUAUCAAUUUAUUAUCAUUAAAAUUCUUCAACUUUGUAAAAAAGAAAGUGUCCUUUUUUGUGUUAUUUGUUUAGCUUAUUGGGUAUAUUUCUCCCAAACUUAUAAUUGCAGGCAAGUGUUUUCUGUGGUUUACUCUCUAGGCAACGAAAGCCUAACUGAAAGUUUUAUGAACUUGAAGAACAGGAAAAAGUUUGUAAAACUUAAUUAUGUCUGCCUAAAAUCUAAAAAUCAAAACCAUAAAUGUCAAAAAUCCGAAAGUGCAUGAGCAACAACGCGGUGCCUGAAAUUCUCUUUGAAGCUUUUGUUAACCUUUGAAAACAGGAUAAAAUAGUCGGUAUAGGAUAUCGAGGUUUCUUGCUUCUACGGAGAAGCACGUUUUAUAGCCGCUCGUGCUGGUGUUUCCACACGUUGCCUUUGUGUGAUAGUGCCUUUCCACGGCGAGCCACCCAUGACCUUCAGAGCUGCACACUGUCACCGUUGUUACUCAUGACCUAUAUAAGAACUAGUCUUCUGUAAGGUAGUACAUAUCUUUAAUGAAGUGACGAAUUUGAAUUGUGUUAAAAUGCCACGUGUGACGCAGAAUCCGCUAAGCUAAGAAACACUUAAAGAAUCUGUGAGCUUUUCUCCUCAUUCACUCAAAGGCCGGUAAGCUUUUCUCCACAUCUGCCGGUUUUGCGGUGAGCUUUUCUCCGGUGAGCUUUUCUCCGCCGCCCCAAUUUGUCACCAAAAUGUUCAGGAUGCCUUCUCAGGAUGGGAUAGAAAUCGGGAACCCAAACAUUCUUCAGAUAGUUCAAUCGACUGCCGCAAGGAGUGUCAGAAACGGCAAAUGCCGUGGCCGUGUCAAGUUUGAGGCGCACUGUACAUUGGUCUUGUAAGGAUUUCACAAGUUGCUGUGAAUCUUAUGCCAUGUAUAAGUGUUCCCAAGUGCCACACUUCAUAGUGUCUGGCAAAUAUUACCGCGAGUCAUUUGCAAAUCAUUGCCAGUUUAAAUUUGAAGUGUUCUCAUUUAUUUCACGUUCCCCCAAAGUACUAGUAACCUUUUUGGCAGUCGGAAGCCUGUCGCUUUCACUAUCAGUUUCGCUGAAUCUGUUUGUGUCUGUUGACUUUGUACAUUGGAUGCAGGAGGGACAUGGAGGGGCAUGCAGUCUUCACUCCAAUUUUCUUUUUGCACCAGCUUUAUAUUUGCACUGUAGUGCAACGUUUGGUAGGAGGUUCAGAGGUUCGGUAUCCUCUGAAUGUCCAGCAACUCUAAUGCAAAGUAUGCGCCUCCUGCACUUGUAAAGGAAGGCCAUCACUAGGGCCAGCCUUUCAAGAUCCAGUCCCCUGUGCCAGCUCCAUUCACAGCCCCUAAAAAGGUGGUACAUUUCUUACCUAAAAUCGGCUCUUUUGAAUAUGCACAUGGUCGUUUGUAGCGCAGUGACUUGUUUUGCAACAUACAUGAUUCUGUUUCUUAGUCAUAUGAUGAAUUAGCAUGUAUCGGUGCUUAUUAAUGUUUGCCCGUUUGAGUCCAACAUUCCAAUCGGCUAAAAUUAGAAAAACAGGCAGUCGCGCGGCAAUCGACUCGUUACAUUUCCUAAUAAAAUUCGCGAGUGCUUCAGA